AUGGCUGCGCCUCCCGUUCCUGCCGUUUGCGCACCACCGCACACCACCGCACCUGCACCAGUAACAUCGUUUUCGUCCAUAUCCACAUUGUCGAGCGCUCCAUUGAGCUCGCAGACUCCAUCAGCUCCCAUCAGCACUGCGUCGUCGAGCAAGCGCGUGAUCAGCGGCGGACUGAAAGGUGUUCGCGAUUCCGACUCGGAAUCUGAUGGCAGUGAUGAUGAUCUGGCAGAUGUGUCCACCUUUUUCGCGAACAAGAGACCCAAGCUUUCGCCUGCUGUCGAAGCAGGACCAAGCAAGAUCGCACCCAGCACCGCCAAGUGUUCUGCGCAGAGUGAGAGACAUAGACAAAAAGGAGUGAAAAAGAAGCUGCAGUCGCGCAUCUCCUCGCCCCCGAGGAGAACAUUUAAGAGUCUGUCGAGCUUGGCUAGACAGAGUGAGGAAUGGCAGCUGUCUGAGGCAAAGAUCGCCAGCCUUGAACAAGCCGUGGCAGACCUAGACCGGAAGGAAAAGGAGGAGGAGGAGACCGACGCGCUGGAACAAGAUGCGGAUGGCGACGCCUUGGUGGCUGCCGCUGGCAGUGACGAUGAGAAUCGCGAAAGGAUGAUUAUAGCUCUGGAAAGGACUGAGGCGCUUCAUGAACCUAAUCGAUACCACUUCUUUCUCGACAACCGGCCACAAUUUCCCGAUACUCCAUUUCCGGUGGAAUCACUCCCAAACGAGCCGUGGGCAAAUUUGUACAAGAGUGAGAACUCUCGAAGGCAAGCCUGUAUUACUGGAUUUGCGGCUGAAGUGGCCGCUUAUCGCCCGCUGCCUGUAGCCGUAACAAAUUGGCUUGCACAGCAGCUGCUUCACGAACGGGACGAGGUGCUCUGCGAAGCCUACGUAGGCAUACUUGAAGUCGCAAGCCAGGACCAUACAUCCGUAUCAGACACGAUAGCGUCGUUGUCAUCGAUGUACAAGACACGAUCAUUCUUCGAAAAUGGCUCCAAGGAACAGGUCCGAAAAGGUCUACCUCCUGGACUGAGAUAUAUGAUGCGCGUCGUUCAAGUUUGCGCACCUGCAUCGGACAGUAUUGUGCCGGACGCAGCGCCCUCAAUGACGACCGCAGCCUUCUUAGACCUCGCUAUGAUCAACAUCGAUGAGCAUGUCAAGCAAACCAUCGGCCUUUCUUACGAAGUCGCAUCCUGCAUUGAAAAGAUGCUCGCCGACCUGUCCGAACAAGCAUUCAAAAUGCUCGUCACCGAAGCCAUUGGCACCCUUUUCUUACCCGACCAUCUCAACACUCUAAUACGAUGUCGAAUCAUCGCCUCACUUCCUGCCGGCACUGACCGUUCCUACCGCCUACGCCGCCGUCUCGCCCUAGAAUGCUUCUCCACCACCCCCUCCCGAAAAACCGCAGAAACCCAAGACUGGCUCCACUCAAUCCUCACAACCCUCCACUCCGCCCCCGAAUUCUCAAUGUCCGAACGCACAGAUUUCAACCUCCUCCUCACAAUGAUCGAUAUCCUCGACAUCGCAAUCUCCUCCGGCUUCACCCCAUGGUCCGACCUCCAUCCCCCAACCUCAGACUCCUCUCGACCCACACGACAACCCUUACCUUUCUCCACCACCACCACCGCAGCAACAACACCUGCUGCAAAGCUCCACAACACCCAAAUCGACGCCAUCGUCUCGGAAUUAAACUACAUCGCGUCCAGAAUCCGCGAUGCCGGCACGACGCACUUACGUCGAACAGAAGUUAAAAGUGCGACGGAGAGGUUAAUCGCAAGGUUAGAAUGCUCUGUGAGGACGAAAAUGAAACCGAAGAAGAACGUUUUUGGGGGAACAGUGUUACGGCAGGCGAAAUUCGGGAAACCCCCGGUGGUUCCGGUUCCGGUUCCUGCGAAAGCUGAAGGGGAGGAGGAGGUUCCAAGAAAUGGUGAGGGUGGUGAUGGUGGGAAAGAAGAAAGUGAUGAUGGGGAUAGGGAAGAUUCCGAGGAAUUUCAGACUUGUGUUGAGUUUAAUACACAGUCACUGUCACAGUAG